GUAGUAACUUUGGCGAAAGGUAAGUUGAGAUGAAGUGCUUGCGACUGCGGCGAUGGUUCGAGGAAAGUAAAUUGAGCUCGUGAUUGAGUUGUCUCACCACAAAUUCUUUACCGGGUCAGCUGGUAGCCGGUACUCUCAUCUUCGUCCUUGCUGCUGGUUUCCUCUGCAGCAUGAGUUUGCAUAUAGUCUGUCCUUUCGAGGCGGAGGGGGAUACCGUCCUGCAUUCAAAUUCCCCAUCAAGUCAACGAACUUCUUCCCGGAAGUUCUGCACAGAACGCCUCGGCCGUUCGAGGCUCUCUCCAGAAGUCCAGUUUGGACGAGAGCCAAGAGCGUAUAGAGCAAUUGAAGUGCCCUAUAGCUUGAAAGAUGAGUAGGUGAUUUGCUCGGGAGAUUGUGGCGCUAAGAUCUCCUAUUGCGCUCGGUUGGGGAAUCACAACAGCUAUAACAUAUUCUUGCCGUUCUACUAAUGGAUGCUGCUACUCUACGUUUACCGGUGGCACAGUCCAUACAUCAUGUAGAUGAAUGUUUUUUGGUGGGUCGGAAGUCACUGGAUGGCCAGCACAUUGUUCAAUGCAGCGCAUUCAAGUCGAACCGGCUUCAGACACCUCUUCUUAGUUCUGAAUUUCGACAGGGGGCCGUUUCCUUAUUUACAAGCAAGGCACAGAAGAGGAAUGCGAAAGCGUCUGCAUUCAGAAGGCGAAAUUGUCUAGCCUCUGCUAAAGACGAGAGCAAGUCACAGAAAACUCAAGAUCAGAGCAGUAUCAGUAGCCAGGGAGACAAAGAGGAGGGUCUGCUUACAAAAUUGUCAAAAGCUGUGUCAUGUACUCUGGCAGCGGGAGUCUUACUAUUCAACACUGGCCUACCUGCAUGGGCCGAAGAUACAUUCACGCUCACAUUCCCUGGCUCCACUAUCGAAGAGGUGAACACAGUUCAAAGAACUUUGGUGGAAGCCUGGGGGAUUGUUAGAGAAACUUAUGUGGAUCCCUCUUUCAACCACCAGGACUGGGACUUAACACUAGAAAGUUCUUUGGCCGACACUCUCUCUGACGAAACUUCAGAAGAAGCUUAUUCCAAGAUUAAAUCGAUGCUAGCAUCCUUGGGAGAUCCCUUCACACGUAUCAUUACUCCAAAGGAAUACGAAAAUUUCCGAAUAAAUAAUGACGGAGCGCUGGAAGGCGUCGGCCUGUUGAUCGCUUCGGAACGUGAUACAGGACACUUGAUUGUAAUGUCUCCACUCGACGGAGGUCCUGCUGCAAGGGCUGGCAUAAUUUCUGGCGAUGAACUUGUGUAUAUUGACGGUGAGCCUCUCUCUGGAAUGGACGGAGAAAUGGCAGCUACCAAGCUGCGAGGACGCGCCGGAACGUCGGUGACGCUGACCCUACGCCGUUCGGUUAGUGCAGAUGGUGUCCAAGGAGAACCCCUUAUGACAGAGGUGAAGUUGAAGAGAGAGACUAUAGCUCUAUCACCUGUUUACAGUACAGUGCUUGCACACCCUGCACUUGAUGGUCAUGAGGAGAAGACGGGUUACAUCCGUCUCACAACAUUCUCUCAGAAUGCGGCUGCGGACAUGGAACGUGCCAUUAGUAAGCUGGAGAAAGAAGGCGUUGAAUCCUACAUAUUGGAUCUACGUAAUAAUCCGGGAGGGCUCGUCAAAGCUGGCUUGGAUGUGGCACAAAUGUGGCUGAAUGGUGACGACAUCCUGGUGAACACAAUUGAUCGGGAUGGUGAUACACAACCAAUAACUCUAGUCAACAGCCGCGCUCUUACACAGAACCCUUUGGUAGUGCUGGUCAAUGAAGGCAGUGCCAGUGCAAGUGAGAUUUUAGCUGGAGCUUUACAUGACAACGGACGUGCAGUUCUAGUCGGCCAGCAAACAUUCGGCAAAGGGAAGAUACAGAGUGUUACAGAGCUGCGGGAUGGAUCUGCGUUAUUCGUAACAGUUGCCAAGUACUUAUCUCCAGCAUUUCAUCAAAUCGAUCAAGUUGGCAUCGCCCCGGACUUGAAAUGCCUUUCAGAGGAAUUGGAGCUCCCCGAAGACCCUGUAUUGGCCCCAAAAACUCUUCAGGAGGAGUUAAAAAAUGCGGACGAAAUUGGUCGGCGAAUGUUACAGAGGGACUCGUGCAUUGUUGCUGCUGAGCACGAAUUGGACAAGAUUGUUACAUAGCCAAUAGGCCCAAAAGUUUUAAUCCAGGAGCUCGUAGACGUCAUCACCAGGGUUGUAAGACUCAUCCUAAUGAUGAACACGACUAACACAUGUACCUGUAUCACUCACAAGGCGUCUCGCUGCUGGCCAAUGGAAGCUGCAGCUCGAGAUCCGAGCAGUCAACCCCUUGUACGAUAAUACCCAGUUAACAUUGUAAGUAAUUGUGCCAUAUGCAUCAGAAAGAUGAUGCCUCAUUGAUUCGUCGACUUAACUUAGAGCAUUGAUAUUGGCCACUUGUGGUUUGGAUUGGAGUGUAGAGUCCCAACUGCGUGACUUAGAUCUAUACAUAGCAUCGGUUGAUGCUGCAAGUUUACGACUCCACAUUAGUGAAAUUGCUGUUGGAUAAGUAUUCAGACUACUCUACAGUAAUUCCUUCUUUUUCUCCGAGGAUAGAACACCAAUUAUUAAGCCAACCUUGUACACUACUCAAUUCUUAAUGUGCUUUCAACUCCAGG